AGAUGACGUACAAAAAGUACGGACGUUAAUUUAUACGACUCGGCGGUCGUUCUCGCCGCUCGCCGCUGUCCGCCAAGCCCGAAUGACCGUUGUUGGAAGAUCCAAGUUCCAAGCACAAGACAUUCGACGAGCGGUGAGCAAGCUCCAUUCUUCAUCUAGCCUCUUUAUAUUUAUCCUUGUUAUUUCUUUCGUCCUUUCUUCCUUCCGUUUUAAAAUCACUCUUGAUCAUUAUGUUCGUUAUCCAAUUAUUGAUUAUUGCAUCCCUUCUGGGCACAAGAUCGGCCUUAGCAGCCACAUGCUAUAACCGUUUGGGCCAGUCUUAUUACUGUAGCAAUGGUAUGUCAUGGGGCGCAAGGCUCGGUAUCGGGCUGGGCGUUGCUUUUGGUGUAGUUCUCCUGUUUGCUUUGUGCGGUUACUGGCGUCGAAGAAAACUCCGUUCCCAGUUCUCAAAGUACAAACCUCCUGCCCUCCCAUUUGCUGGUCAUAAUCAGAAUCAGAACCCUUAUGUCAACAAUCCUCCUCCUCCUUCCGGAUUUAACAACAACCCAUAUGGCAGCAAUCCCGCUCCACCUCCUCAGGCGUAUCAGCCCAGCAUGGCUGGUCAGUACGGAAGUUACCAAGGACAGACUCAAGAAUCUGAAGGUCACGAACACGGAUACGAAUGGGAGCAAGCGAGGCAGGAGGAGGAGGAGAGAAGGAAGCAAGCGGGACAGACAUCCGACAUUCCACCUCCCGGCUAUGAUGUCGCUACAAGCACACAAAACACCGGAAGCAAUGCUGCCACUUAUGCCCCUCCUCCUGGUCCCCCACCUAGCAAGCGGGAGGGUACUGUUUAGAUGUCAGAAACCGCAGUUACUGAAAUCGGAUUUUGGUUCUUGGGUCACGACUCUGCGAUAUUAACACACUGUUAAUGUUGUUGCUGGAGAUGAUUUAGAGAGCAGAGAAACAGAUCAACGACAAGGCAAUGGAUGAGACACGGGUAUCUUUUAUUAUCUUAGCAAACAUGUAAGAAGUAUAAUAAAUG